AUGAGGCUUCUGUCACAGUCGGCGUGUAGAGCCUGUCUUGGAGCUCGUCAGACCGCUCGACCGGCUCAGAUCCAUGCACGAAUUCAGAAUCUCGCCUUGCAUCUGCACACUCGGGCUCGCACUGAACAAACAGCUUCGCUCGCACGCUCAAGCGCAACUUUCUACCGCCAAUUUGGCUCAAGGUCAUUCUCAACUUCGAGAGCUGCUGAGAUUAGCACCACCAUCGUUGUCCGAUUGCCUCCUCCGACUACCAUCAUUAUCCUGGGCAAAGAGUACCGCACGGACGACUACACCAACAUUCCUGCCUCAAUCCUGUCACGGCUCUCUCCAACGCCCACUCUCCCAUACACCAAAAACCAUCCGCUAGCACUGCUUCGCGACCAGAUCGAAGCAUCCAUUGGCCCGAACUUUACAUCUAUACAAGCCACAUCACCGGUGGUCACAACCGAACUCAACUUUGAAGACCUCGGCAUCGCCGCUGAUCACCCUGGAAGAAGUCCCACCGAUACCUACUAUGUGAACCGCAACACCUGUCUCCGCACUCACACAUCCGCACACGAAGUCGAAACGUUCCGGAAUGGACACGAGAGAUGGCUUUACACCGCCGACGUCUAUCGUCGAGACGAGAUUGACGCAUCGCACUAUCCCAUCUUCCAUCAGGUCGAAGGUGCAGCCAUCUUCAAGCAUGAGGACUAUGCUUCAGGCGGGAAGGUGGAACAAGAGUGCUCGGAGAUGGAGGCCAAGCUCGCAAAAGCAAACUUCGAGAUCGAGGACGUGGUUGGGCUAUCAGAAGCAGGUGGGUAUCAGGCGCAUCACGAUGAGCGGGAAGCUGCGUUGGCGGUUCGACAUCUGAAAGCUACACUCAACAGCCUGACUUAUGAGCUCUUUGGCGAGCGACAUGCUUUCGAGACGGCGCAGAAAGGUGGCUCGGCUGCGGAUCCGUUGCGUGUGCGGUGGAUCCCUGCUUUCUUUCCCUUCACGUCUCCCUCGUAUGAGGUGGAGGUAUGGUUCCGAGGCAAAUGGCUCGAGAUUCUCGGAUGCGGUGUUGUUCAGCAGAGGACAUUGGACAAGGCAGAUGUUCCGGACCGACUCGGAUGGGCCUUUGGUUUGGGCUUAGAACGCAUCGCAAUGGUGCUGUACUCGAUUCCAGACAUUCGUCUCUUCUGGACACAAGAUCCUCGCUUCCUCGGCCAGUUUGCGAGCGCAAGUAGCAACGAGGUCUCAGCAGCAGGAGGUCAGCCCAAGUCGAGCAAAGCAGCUCAAAAGCCAAAGCUGUUGACGUUCAAGCCAUACUCCAAGUACCCACCGUGCUACAAGGACGUCUCGUUCUGGCUGUCUCAGGACCGAAAGUUCCACGAGAACGAUCUGAUGGAGACCGUUCGUGACAGGGUGGGUGAUCUGGUGGAAGACGUUGUUAAGAUCGAUGACUUUGUUCACCCAAAGACAAAGAAGCAGAGUAUGUGCUAUCGCAUCAACUAUCGAUCAAUGGACCGGUCAUUGGAAAACGACGAGGUGAAUCAGCUUCAUUCGGAUGUUCUCUCUAGACUUGUGGACGAGCUUGCGAUCGAGAUCCGAUAG